UUCCCAGGGCAUGGAUUCCCCGUACACGAACGGAGCCUACAGCGCCCCGUACCCUCCGGCCGCCCCGCACUACGCCGGCCUGCCGCAGACUCGAGGUUACUACUCCUCCGGCCCCCCCCGGAGCCCCUACCCCGCAGAUACCACCAGCAUGUACCGGCCUCCGUCACCUGCUCCUCCCUGGGGCUACAGCACUCCAGACUGCCUGGAAGGGUCCUCGCUGCGGCGGCAGCAGGUCCCCGGGUACUCCCCCCCGCAGACCCCGGGGAUGCCAGUCCCGCAGUACCCGUACGGAGACGACCACCUCGGGGCCACCCCGCAGGGGCCGCAGCCCAGGCCCCAGGAGGAUGCGUGGGCUCCCUCCGCCGUCUACGGGAUGCAGCCGCGGUAUGCCUGGCCCGCGGCCUCGGCACACGGGAGCCCCUUCGUCACCGACCCGCACCCUGCCUGGAGCGGCAGCGGGGCCGCGUCCUACCCUCCCGCCCGGGACUCCAAGGAAACUGCUUAUGACAAACCCGAGCCAAGUGCAAACCAACACAGCUACUACUCCGAUGCCAAUCACCAGCAGUCUGGGACAACGAAUGACCACAAGGCUCCCCCUCCGCUCGGCGCCAGGCCGCCCCCCGCACACCCCAAGGUGCAGUACAGUGCACAGCCCCAGAUGUACGACACCGCGACUCGGAAGCUUCUGGCUGGGAACCAGGAGGCGGGCUUCAGAGCCGGUGACCAGGCUGCAGUGAAUGCUGCAGCCGUCCAGCCAGAGAUUCAGAGAAUCCUGCACAUCACCAGGGCGGCUGUGCAGCUGGAACAAGAGGUGGAUGAGUUUGUAGGGAAAAAGACAGAUAAAUCCUACCGGCUUCUGGAGGAGAUGUUGACCAAGCUGCUGUUAGAACUGGAUUCCAUUGAGACUGGUGGCCAGGACAGCGUUCGGCAGGCCAGGAAAGAAGCUGUCCACAGAAUUCAGGCCAUUCUGGAAAUACUGGAAAGAAAGGGAUUGUGAAAGCCUGUCAGCCACAACACGCAGCCUGUUGUUGAGGUUCCAAAGAGUUUUAGUUCUGCUAAAUGUCAGCUCUUUCUGCUAAGCACUAUUGACAAUGAAAAGCAAUAAGCCCUGAUUUAAAAAAAA